AUGGCGCAGUGCACCUAUGCAUUCCCUUACUCGAAGUCAAUGAGUGCUUUCACCAAAAUCAAAAACCCCGAUAAUUACACCGUCAUCUCCUCACCUAUUACAAACACCUUCGUUAAGUCACAAGCCAUCCAAAGUGACUUCGGCUCUUCAAAUACCGACGACAACUCGUCCAGAACUUGGACGGAAAAAGCAACAAAGUACGUCCUUCUGAAAUACUUUUACUGGAGAUACACCGAACCGUCAGUCAUGUCACUCCAUGAGACUUAUAAGACUAUAGCCGCUAGUGUAGCCCUUGACUUGGGUAUCACUAAAACAUCGACACAGAUCAGAGACAAAAUCAAUAACAUUAAGAGUGGGUAUAAAAAGGAUCAAAAGGGUCUUUCUGACUCCUUUGGCAAAGAUGUGCUUUCACUUAAAUACAUCUCGCCCGCUAUCUACGAUGUCAUGGACAAAUAUUUCGAUGAACAAAAGGCGAAAUCACAUAUGGAUAUCCUCUCCGAUAUUAAUAUGGACAUAUAUGCCCUCUCUCACUAA